AAUGUUGCAACAAAGUCAGAAAUACAAAUCCAUCGUCUAAGCUUUCUUUAUUCUUUUAAUUCCAAUCAGAAAGCAAUCUUAAAGCAAAACAAAAGAAAAUCUGUCAACUGCUAUGUGCCUCUGGAGCUGACCAAGUCCAUGAUUUUAGUUUGACCAUUCUAGCAGAAAAAGCUUAUUUUCAAUAGAGUAACAAGAUUUGCAAUUCAAACUUUCAGAGACUCGAUCACAGACACGCCCAGUGAGAAUUAGGUAGCAGUAGCAAUUCAGAACUUGCAAGAUCAGAGGUUUUCAUACAGGGAAGCUCAUGUCAAGCGGUGGUUCUGAUUUUAUGUUGCCCAAGGGAGACUUGAAUUCAGUUGAUAGCCUCGCGAAUUCCUUGCUGGUAUCUAUUUCGGAGAUCACUGCUUCAGUGGUAUGUAUGGAGAUAAAGCAUGAGAACUUCAUCGAAAUUGGAUGUUAUCUUUACCGAGCUUCAAUAGUCAUACUUGAGUUGCAGACAACCAAGAAUACUCCAGCAAAAGCAGUAGAGAUCUUACAAUCACUAUCCAGAAGUGUCAAUUUGGCUAAAGAAUUUAUUGGGGAAUGCCAAAAGUUUGUACAUACAAUUCAGGAUUCUGAACUAGGAAGCAUUAUGGAACAGCUUGAAUGGUUGAUAAGAAACAUAGGCGAAAACCUGAGUUUGAUACCAUCAUCAGCAGCAGAUGGUGACCAAGAUUAUGUAGAUAUUGCUGUUAAGUCUAUUUCAUGGGAGAUGAAAUAUGGCCACUUUGAAGCUAGCCAAAUUCAAGUAUCCGAGGAAAAAGAUCAGGAAAGGUGUGUGUUGUCUUUAGAGGAACUGCCAAAGCAAGAACCAGCAUCAACAGAAAAAGAAACAGAAACAGAUCUAUACCCUAUCGACUUUGAAGUCUCCAUGGAGAAUCUUCAAUUAUCGGAUACACCACAUCACCAUCAGUUUGACCUCCUUGGAAGCACGGAUAGCAGAAGUGAAAUAAAGGAUGAAAACAGCAGCACUGGCCCAUCGAUGACUUUGCCACAGGUGGCUCAGUACAUGGAACCUAUGUAUGAAACAUUCUUCUGUCCAUUGACGAAGAAGAUUAUGGAUGACCCGGUCACCAUAGAAAGUGGAGUGACCUAUGAGAGGAAGGCAGUUACAGAAUGGUACAAUGAGUUUGAAAACACAGAGGAAGUUGUCUGUCCAAAGACAGGACAAAAGCUGGUGAGUAGAGCUCUGAGUACCAAUUUGGCUUUGAAGGCGACAAUAGACGAGUGGAAGGAAAGAAAUGAUGAAGCAAGGGUGAAGGUUGCCAGGGCAGCUUUGUCUUUGGCAAGUACCGAUGAAAUGAUACUCGAGGCGAUUAAUGAUUUGCAAAGUAUAUGUCAAAGGAAGCAGGAUAAUAAAGUAAAGGUUUGCAACACUGGGAUAAUACCAUUACUUGCUCAGUUUAUGAGUUACAAAGACAGAAAUGUGAGGUUUGCAACACUGAAAUUAUUGCAAAAAUUGGCUGAGGAUGAUGAUAAUGGCAAGGAAAUCAUUGGCAAGACAAUUUCCCUUCCGACAGUAAUAAAGAUGUUAUCGAGUAAUCACCAACCGAUUAGGCAUGCAUCACUGCUACUGUUGCUUGAGCUUUCAAGAUCUCAACCUAUGUGUGAGAAAAUCGGGUCGGUUACUGGAGGGAUUCUGAUGCUGAUCACAAUUAAGUACAGACAGUCUGCUGAUGCCUUUGCUUCAGAAAAUGCUGAUGAAAUCUUGAAGAAUUUGGAGAGGAUUACAGACAAUAUCAAGUUCAUGGCAGACAAUGGACACUGGCAGCCCCUUUUAGACCAUCUUAUUGAAGGUUGUGAAGAAAUGAAGAUGGAGAUGGCGAGCUACCUUGGUGAUAUUAUUCUUGGGCCUGAUUGCAGAACCUAUGUGGCUGAGAAGGCAUCUCCGGCUCUCAUCAAAAUGGUGCACUGUGGAGACAGUCUUACCAGGAAUGCUGCAUUCAAAGCUCUGAAGCAAAUCUCUUCUUACCACCAAAAUGGAAAAAUACUCAAAGAAUCUGGAGUUGUGCAAAUCAUGGUGAAAGAGAUGUUCUCGCGGACAAUCUACAAUGAACCAAUGGACUCUAGAAAAGAAGCAGCUGCAAUACUUGCAAAUAUACUUGAGACUGGGAUAGAGCUAGAAAACCUGCAAGUAAACACGCAUGGCCAUACAAUGAGGUCAGACUACAUUAUAUACAAUAUCAUCUGUGGGCUCAAGAACUCAACCCCGGAUGACCUCAACAUUAGCCUCAUCAGAAUUCUCUUAUGCCUGAUGAGGGCCCCCAAAUCAUCAGCUACCAUAGUCUCAGUGGUUAAAGAGACUGAUGCUAGUUACAAUCUGAUUGAACUCAUCAAUAACCCAAAUGAAGAACUUGGGGUUUCAUCAAUCAGAUUACUUGUCUCACUCUCACCCUUCAUGGGCCACACAAUAAUUGAGAAAUUAUGCAAAACCAGAGGCCAACCUGAGAGCCUAAUCAUGAGUCCAACUGAAACAUCCCACCUCACAGAGAAGCAUGCAGUUUCAGCCAAUUUCCUGGCAAAGCUUCCCCAUCAGAACCUAACACUCAAUUUAGCUCUGCAAAACAAGGGUACAGUGCCCACGGUUCUACAAAGUAUCAAUCAAAUCCAAAGAAUUGGUACGCGAGCAAACAGGUUUGCAGGUGCUUACUUCGAAAGUCUGCUGGGUAUUCUUGUCAGAUUCACAACAACACUUUACGAUUACCAAGUAUUGUCUUUAGCAAGAGAAUACAACUUCACAUCAGUAUUCACAGAAUUGCUCUUGACAACUUCUUGUGAUGAGGUUCAUAGGUUAUCAGCUAUUGGACUGGAGAAUCUAUCAUUGCAAUCAGUUAAUCUGUCAAAACCACCACAAAUUAAGAGAACCAAGUUCAUGAAAGUUUUACAAAAGUGUCUCUCUUUUGAGUCAGCAAAAGCAAAGAAAAUCCUGAUAUGUCCAGUUCACAGAGGAGCUUGUUCUUCCCAAUACACCUUUUGUCUGCUUGAUGCCAAGGCAGUUGAGAGGCUGUUGGCCUGCUUGGACCACGAGAAUGUUGAAGUGGUAGAGGCUGCAUUGUCAGCUAUAUGUACAUUGAUGGAUGACAAUGUUGAUGUGGACAAGAGCGUGAACAUGUUGAGUGAAAUGCAUACUAUUCAACAAGUGUUAAAAGUGUUGGGGAAGCACAAAGGAGAGCGUCUAUGGCAGAAAUCAUUUUGGGUGAUAGAGAGGUUCUUGAGGAAGGGUGGAGAUACAUCUGCAUCCGAUAUAUCCCAGGACAGAUUGUUUCCUGCUACACUGAUCAGUGCAUUUCACCAUGGGGACAUGAGUACUAGACAGAUGGCUGAGAAAAUAUUGAGGCACUUGAACAAGAUGCCAAAUUUCACCACAGAUUUUACCAUGUAAAUUCUCUUGUGCAUAUACCAAACUCUUGUUCAGUAUGUUGUAUCUACGUAUAUAGUGCAAGUGUACCACAAAUAUCAUAUCGAUGGAAACUAAAUGAUGAAUUUG